CAGCAAAAGUCUUAUCAAUUCCACGCUGGCGUCGUCCUCCGCGGGCAGUACGAGAGAACCUUCCUCUGGUCCCGCUAGUAUGGGCGAUAGGGACCUCUCCACAAGUCAACGCGCGCGCAAAGAUUCUAGCCGCAUUUCGAAGAACUUGCUGCAUGAUGAGGAUCAGUUCUAUUUCAAUCGUAUGCUGGCUGGUCGGGGUGAAAGCACAGGUGCUACUUCACCAUGGACAGCUUUGAUUUACUCGUCAUCAAUGGUCUCGUCGUGACUGCUUCUGACACGGCCAACUACGACAUUGCCAUAAAAGAUGGGAAGAUUGCGCUGCUUGCCCCGCCCGGCGUACUUGCGACAAGUAGUGCAAAGAAGGUGAUUGACGCAGACGGUGGUUAUGUCAUGCCCGGUGGUAUCGACUGCCAUGUCCAUCUCGAGGAGCCUGCGCUGUUUGGAGGGAAGGGGAGAAGUUCGGACGACUUCGAAACUGGCACGAGAAGCAGCAUCUGCGGAGGAACCACGACCAUCGUAGCAUUUGCGCCUCAACCCAAGACCGUUCCUUCUCUCCUCCAAGUCCUGGAAGACACCCAUGCUCGAGCCAAGGAUAAAUGCUACACCGACUACUCAUUCCAUCUACUAGUUGGCCACCCUGGCGAGCAAGCCUUGUCAGAGUUCCCCAAGCUGCGCGAACACGGGAUAUCCUCAUUGAAGAUUUACAUGACUUAUGCCGCUCUGCAACUCCGAGAUGAUGAGAUCCUCGACGUCUUGCUGGCUUCAAGGAAAGAAGGCAUUACAACCAUGAUUCACGCCGAGAACGGCGAUGUGCUGAACUGGAUGACCAAGAAAUUGGAAGAGAGAAAGUUAUAUGCCCCGAAAUAUCAUGCUACAUCAAGGCCCCAGAUCGUAGAGACUGAGGCUACCAACCGAGCCAUUGCGCUGGCCGAGCUGAUGGACGCCCCUAUACUGGUUGUUCAUGUCUCAUCCCCGAGUGCUGCAGCCCAUCUUCGUAAUGCUCAGACUCGGGGACUUCCAGUCUACGCCGAAACUUGCCCUCAGUAUCUUUUCCUGACCCGAGAUGACCUGGAUAAACCACAUUUUGAAGGUGCCAAAUGUGUGUGCUCUCCACCGCCACGAGAAUCGGCGAAUGACCACGAGGCAAUCUGGCUAGGUCUUGCCAAUGGUACAUUUACCGUUCUCUCUUCCGAUCACUGCCCUUUCAUGUACGAGGACUACGAGAAAGGAAAGAAAUCUAUCAUCAGCGAGGAGUACCCUGAAGGACGCUUCAGCGGGAUUCCCAACGGAUGUCCAGGGAUUGAAACUCGUCUGGCUGUGACAUUGAGUGCCAAUCGACUCCCUCUGCAGAAAUUUGUCGAGGUUACCAGCACCAACCCAGCAAGGCUGUACGGGCUGUACCCUAAGAAGGGGACAAUUCUUCCGGGUGUCAGUGACGCUGAUCUGACAAUCUGGUAUCCUCCUGGCAAGCUGGGAACGUUCAAGCUCACUAACUCGAUGCUGCAUCACAAUGUGGAUUACACCCCUUUUGAAGGUAUGGAGCUAAACCAGUGGCCCAGAUAUACCAUCCUACGGGGUGAGGUGGCAUGGGAUAGGGACAAUGGUGGUCUCCUCGGUAAGAAGGGAUAUGGACAAUUCGUGCCCAGGGGCAAGAGUACUUUGCCCGGACCUCGAAAGGAGGGAGAAUGGGAUGUGAGCACCUUUUAAGUCACAAUGAAAACUAUGCCAAAUGAGUACGUUGCGUUUUUUGUUGUGUGAAGUCAUCUAUGGGUCAGUAUUCGGCCCUGCCUCGUCAAUGCAUCAGCGACUAUCGAACCAGAUGACAAGGUGUAACCAAAAUUGGUGGAGCGCCUAUAGUAAAGCAACCUGAGACAGUGAUCUGACUGAAGCCGAGGCAAAACCCAC